GUGGCCGACGGGCUGCGGCGCCGCCGAGAAGGGCGAUGCUGCUGCCCGCCGCGCUGAGCGCCCGCCUGGCCGGCACGCCCGGGGCGGCCGAGCCGCUGCCAGUGGAGAGGGACCCCGCGGCCGGGGCGGCGCCCUUCCGCUUUGUGGCACGCCCGGUGCGCCUCCCGCGGGAGCACGAGCUCUUCGAGGACGGGGACGUGCAGAGGCAUCUCUACCUGCAGGAUGUGCUCACCCAGGUGGCCGAGGAGCCGGAGAGGUCCAGGGUGCCUGAGUUCACCUGUCAGGUCCCUGGCUGCUGCCAGGUGUUUGCUGCCCUCGAGGACUACCAGCACCAUUACAACAUGCUACACGGGAAUGCCUGCUCCCUCUGCAGCCGCGCCUUCCCUUCCGGACAUCUGCUGGAUGCCCACAUUCUGGAGUGGCAUGACUCCCUCUUCCAGAUCCUGGCGGAGAGGCAGGACAUGUACCAGUGCUUGAUUGAAGGUUGCCCAGAGAAGUUUAAAACCAGCCGAGACCGGAAGGAUCACAUGGUGAGGUUCCACCUGUACCCCGCGGAUUUCCGGUUUGAUAAGCCCAAGACAAGCAGAGGCCCAGCCACACGGAGGUCUGAUGCUGACCUGUCAACUGCAGCCCUCAGGGAUGAAGGGGAUGCAAUGGAAGUCUGCUCCGAGCCUGCAGCAGCACCCCCAGCACCUGUAGGUGAGAAGCGGACCUACAUCCACAGAGUGCCUUCUACCAUCUGUUUUGGCCAAGGUGCAUCUCGAGGGUUUAAAAGCACCCAGAAAAGAAACAAACACCACUGACAGAUCCAGAUGGGAGAAAGAACCAGGCAUCUGUGUGGACAGUGCAGGAAUGGGGCUCCUGCAGGGGCUGAUGGCCCUCGGGCCUCUCUCACACUUGUCAUGUGGGCACCCUGGGGCUGGGCCUUUGCUUCCCUCCUUGUCUGGGUCCCUCAGUGAGUUACCAGAAGCGGCAGGGGAUUUAAAGCUUCCAGAGAUGACUGGGACAAACAGCAGGCUCAGGAGACAGCUCACCUCUUUCUGCAGGGACCACCCUAGGGACAUUCUUUUUAAGCACAUGAAAUAAAUAUUUUUCACCAAA